AUGAAUUCAAUGAAUGAAGAACAAUUACAUGAAUAUUUAUCUCAAAAAGAGAAUAAAUAUAUUGACCAUAUACUCGGUUUGAUAUAUGGAAAUGCUUUGGGUGAUGCAUAUGGUCUUGGUAUGAAUCUAUCUUUAUCAUCGAAAUGUUCCACCGAAUUUUGGAAUAAAGAAGCUGUCAAACAAAGAUAUCCAGAUGUUAGAGAGUUAAUUCCAUUCCCUGAUUAUGUUACCAAUAGACAUAAUUCAAGAUGGGACAAAGGUGACUGGACUGAUGAUACAGAUCAACUUAUAGUUUUGAUGAAUAUGUUAAUUGAGAAUGGUGGUGUUGUAAACUUACCGGAUGCAGCAAAGAAACUGAAACACUGGAUCGAAAAUGGAUUCCCAGAGGUCGGUGACCUGCAUGGUAUGGGCAUUGGCCAGACUGUUAUGGGUGUCACUAUGCAUUCAAAGUUCACUAGCAAUCCACUUGAAUCGAGUAGAGAGAUUUGGAUUCAGAUGGGAAAGAGAAUGGGUUUCAAGAUGGCUGCCAACGGUGCCGUCAUGAGAACAUCGAUUCUCGGAUGCGCCAGCUUCGACCAGCCCGAACAAGUAGAGAAGAACUCUAUACUCUGUGCACAGCUGACUCACUGGGAUCCGAAAUGUGUGAUAUCAUGUACUACUAUCACCUCUAUACAAUCCGCCAUUAUCAGACACUUCAAAGAGAACAACACUAGCGGCGGCGUGUCACAAGAGCAGAUCGAGCAAUGGAUAAAAGACGCUGAGCAACAAGCGAAAUCGGUCAUCGAUCGUUUGCUCGUCGAUAAAGGCUACAAAGGUGAAUUCUCAGAGAAGGAAGCCAAGGAGCAGUUCGAAGAGUAUCAGCAGUAUCUUUGGAGCAAACCGGAUUUGAGCGAUUUGAAGUUGGACGAUGAAACAACGAUUGGUUACACCUACAAAUGCAUGGGAAGUGCUAUUUGGGGUGUUAGAUCACCACAUGACUUUAGAAAGACGAUCGAUCUGCUGAUUAGAGAGGGUGGUGAUGCCGAUACCAAUGCAGCUGUCUGUGGUGCACUCAUUGGUUGUGUGAUCGGUUACACCAAACUGCCAUCGGACAUGUUGAAAGCACUUCCAAACAAAGCUUGGCUCGAUCAAAUCGUCAUCAAAUUCCUCAACAAUGUAAUAUUAAAUCCAAAACCAAACCAAAACGUCACUACAACCACUACGGGCCAAGCCGAUGACGAAGAUACAAACAAAUCAAACAACAACAACAACAACAACAAUAGUUUUUUACUAAAAGUUUAG